AUGGCGACCAGCCCAUACUUCCUCUGGCCCGCGCAGCAGGCGUCCUCUGCCACCGCCACCGCCGCCUCCGACGUCUCCGCCGGCUUCGGCUUCGGCGCCGCUCAGGGCGAGACGGCGUCGACGGACAUGGGGCCGCUGGUCGCGCCGGAGCUCUCGGAGGCGGUGGGGCGGCCGCGGCUGCGCCGACAGUCGUCCGGGUCGGGCUCCGGGAGGGGGCCGCAGCAGCAGGCUUCCGGCUCCGGCGGGGCGGCGGCGCCGAAGAAGCCCCCGCAGCGCGGGCUCGGCGUGGCGGAGCUCGAGCGCCUGCGGUGCGGCGGGUUCGACCCGCUGCAGGACCUCAACGCCGUGGCCGCAGCCGCGGCCGCCAUGGCGGACGCCGUCAACGCCAGCGUACUACAGCAAGGCAACUCCAAUUCCGUCCUCCUGCAACACCCCGACCACCUGCCGCCGCCGUUCGACGUUGCCCCCUCCAUCGGCUCGCGCUACUACUCGCCUCUCCUCGUCCAGCCCUCGCCUGCCCCUCCGGCGCCGCCGGCACCCGUGCGCUAUGUCCACUCGCACUCGGCUCCAGGCGUGGCGGCGGAGCAGCAGUACUUCAUGGAUCGGUGGGGCCGCAUGGGGGGCUUCGUCCCGGUGGGCAAUGGUGGCCAACAGCUCCAGAUGGACCUGCCGGCGGCGGCGGCGGCAGAGCACCCUUCAAGCCAAAACACCAUCUGGCGUCCGGCGGCAUCCUCCUCCGCCCCCUGCUUCCACACUGGCCACCGCUGCGACCUCUGCUCCAAGACGAUGAGGGCCUUGACAGAGAGAGGAUCACGGGCCCCUGCCGCCGCCGCCACCGCCAUGCCGGACUACUCCAUCUACGACCUCGCUGCCGCCAUGACCAGCGCCGGUCGUAAGGAGACGACGGGGGAAGGGUUCUUGGCACGGCUGGAGGGGAAGAAGGAGGUGAGGGAGAUCGAGUUCUUCCCGACGAGCACCAACCACGGCGCCGCCGGCGAUGUGGGCCCCGACGAUUCCGAGUUCUCGACGAUGCGCUGGGCGCCCUUCUCCUCCUCCUCGUCCGCCGGUGGCCACGCCGCGCCCCUGGACCUGUCGCUGAGGCUGUAGAUUUUAUGAGUUUCUGCUCUUAGAUCCGUCCAUCAAAUCAUCAACAGUUCUUUUGGGCCUUGAUGCUUUGUCGCUGUUUUCUGAGUGUUAAUUUGCGGAGAUAAAGAUUAGUUUAAAACUCCUAUCAUGCUGCAGCUGCACAAGGUUGGUCUUAGUUUGGUUAAAUCCCUUCU